CUAAAGCUAUGGCUAGCCCACACUCUGGCAUUCCUCAAUGUAUCAAUUCAACUGAGGCAGAGAGAAUCAGCCAAUCAGAGCAGCAGCUGCAAUCAGCCCACUGCCAUAUGCAGAUGAGCUCCCCCCUCACCACCAUACAGUAUCCCUCUGAGGUAAAAUCUGACACCGCAAGGAAAACCUAUAAGCAGAAACUUCUGACAAACAACCCUGAGACUCUGUUUGCAGACCUGUUCAAAACAGGAGAAGUCUGCAACCUCAUUUUCUUCUCUGAUCACCCCAGAGCCUGGCAUAAAGCCAUCAUCCACCAUUACCCCUCUGUAAAGAAAGAAGGCAUCUGUAAUGGCUGGAAAGUCAAAAUCAGAGAACCACACGACCCUUACAGCACAGUAAUAACUGUGAACAUCUAUAAAAAUGGCACAGUCAUGGUACAGGGGGACCUGAAAUUAUUCCAGGCAGACUACAGAACAAUAGGUGAAAUUGUGAAACAUGAGAAAGCUGUACCAUCUGAAAGCUUGUCAUCUGAGCAGAAUCCACCGAACAACACCUCAGAUCUCAGAUCCACUCCUGCAGAAACUGUUGAGCACACCUCACCCUCCCUGCUCAAAGCUAUCCCUCUCCUGCAGGAGCACUUCACCAAGCUGGAGAUGGAGAUGGUGCAGCUCAGAGAAACUGUGCUGAGACAGCAGCAGUCAGACACAUGUGCAGCUCAUACUGAACUCCAGCAGAACAUCGAGCACUUAACACAGAGACUAUCAGCCCUCACACAGCAAAUGAGACAGCUGCAGACAGAGAAGGACAGCUAUCAGUGUGAGCUGACCGCACUGAGACAGCAGCUAGAGGACAGAGAACAGUCCACAGCAGAGAUGAGGCAGCAGCUGAGAGAGAUACAGGAGGAGAGAGAGCAGCAGAGCAGUGAGAUCCAGGCCCUGAGAGAGCAGCUGAGAGAGAUACAGGAGGAGAGAGAGCAGCAGAGCGGUGAGAUCCAGGCCCUGAGAGAGCAGCUGAGAGAGAUACAGGAGGAGAGAGAGCAGCAGAGCGGUGAGAUCCAGGCCCUGAGAGAGCAGCUGAGAGAGAUACAGGAGCAGAGAGAGCAGCAGAGCGGUGAGAUCCAGGCCCUGAGAGAGCAGCUGAGAGAGAUACAGGAGGAGAGAGAGCAGCAGAGCGGUGAGAUCCAGGCCCUGAGAGAGCAGCUGAGAGAGAUACAGGAGCAGAGAGAGCAGCAGAGCGGUGAGAUCCAGGCCCUGAGAGAGCAGCUGAGAGAGCUCCUCCUGGCCAGAGAAGAACCAGAGCAGACCCACAGAGCUCCAACACUGCCCUCCACCCCAGAGUCACCGAACACAGGGAGUCAACACCCAUCCGUCAGCGCAGAGAGACCCGACCCAGACCGCUCACAGCCAUCACAGCGCCCCGUGUCAGGCUCCUCAGCACAGCAGCACCAGCCCUCGUCUCACAGCAGCCCAGCACCAACCAGCACAGAGGAACCUGAAAUAGCUCUACUCAUCGAUUCAAUCGGCAAAUUCAUCGAUGUGAAGAAACUUUUCCCCCAACACAGAGCAGUUAAAUUCUGGUGUCCCACCACUGACAAAGCCCUGGAGCUCCUGACGGAGUCCCAACUAGGCCGGCCCAGCCACAUCAUUAUCCACACGGGCACCAACGACCUGCGGAGCCAGCAGGACCGAGUGUCUGACUCCCUCAGAGCUGUGGUGGAAAAAGCUAGACAAACUUUCCCCAACUCCAAAAUCAUCCUGUCCACUCUACUCCAGAGGAGAGAUUUCCAUCCCAACACAAUCAAUAAAAUUAAUUCCAGCAUCUCUAGACACUGUGCCCUCCUGCCCAACGUCCACUUGGCCCAUCAUACAGACCUGGACACUGAAUGUCUAUACGACCACGUCCACCUUUAUAAGAACCUGGUACACAUCCUCGCAAAGAGACUCAAAGAUGUCACUCUAAACCGGACCAACCAGACCAGCCCCAGGUGGAGCAGAACCAGCCCGAACCCAGUCAACCCAUCGAGACACACUCCAGCAAACUACAUCCCAGCCCACAGCUCAUCUAGAGCCCCGCCCAGAGCCCCGCCCGGAGCACCACCCGGAGCACCACCCAGAGCCCCGCCCGGAGCACCACACCGAGCACCAGCACCCAGACAGGACCCCUACAGACUGUCCUACAACAGCCCCACAGCUCCAGCAGCUGAAGCCCAUCCACAGCAGAGCCCGGCCCAGCCUAGCAGACCGAGCUACGCCCAAGCUGUCAGCGGAGGAGCAGGCCGAGCCAACACUGAACUCCACGACAUACAACACAUGCUGAGUAUCAUCUGCUCUCACCUACUAACACACAGUGGACAGUGGUAA